AGCCCGCAGUCUCGUUGAGUUUCGCUCCGUGAAACCUAACCGCAACAUGUCCGACUCCGACAUACCUCCCUCAUCAUCUCCACCCCCUUCCCCUGAAUCCCCAAAGCCAUCACCUCCCGCGAAAAAGCGUCGAAAAAAUUCAGUGGAGGUUCACGUGCACGACAAACUGAAAGCCCUGCAAAAGAUGAAGCAGGGCUGCCCUCGCCACAUAAUCGCGAAGGAGUUCGGUGUCCAUUUGUCGACAGUCAACGGUUGGAUAAAGAACGAGAAGGCCCUGGAGAAAUGGGCGUCUGAGCACAACGGAGUGAUGCCAACGGCGGUUAAAAGACUAAAAAAGCCAGUGCACGAGUUGAUAGACAGAGCCAUGUGGCUGUGGCACAGAGAGCGAAGUGCAGCAGGAUGCACCUUCACAGGAUCUAGCGCCCAGAUUCAGGCGCUUCUCUUCCGCAAUCAGCUGGGAAUUGCGCAGAAGUUCGCAGCGAGUCAGGGAUGGCUGUCAAAAUGGCAGAGGCGUUACGGCGUGAAGUUUACGACGCAGAACGCCACAACUAGCGCCACAUCGAGCGCCGAUCGCCCAUUGGCGGACGAGACGAUUGCGGACAAGUAUAGAGCCAAGUUCGCUGGGAUGAUCGAGGCGGAGGGACUGAUGCCGGGUCAGGUGUUCUUCUGCGAUAUGAUUGGCUUGAACUAUCGGCAACUGCCGGAGCUCGUGAUGAAUGUGAAAUGGGCCCCUGAGGGCCAUCCGCAGAAGCAGCUGAAGGAGAGGAUCACCCUGAUGGCCUGCAGCAAUGCCUCGGGCACCUGCAAGUUUCCUCUGGUGAUUGUGGGCAAGUUCCCCAAGCCGAGGGCUAUUAAGGACAUCAUGAAACUUCCUGUUUGCUACAGGAAUCAGAUGAGCUCCUACGUCACUGGGGGAAUCUUCAGAGAUUGGUUCAACCAGGAGUUUUGCCCCACUGUUAAGGAGUUCUUGGUCUCCAGGGGCAUCCCUCCCAAGGCUGUUUUGUUCAUGGAUAAUUGGCUCUCGUUGCCUCAGGAGAUGAAGAGCCAGGAGGUCAGGGUGGAGUUCCUACCUCCUGAUACUACGGCCAUGCUGCAAACUUUUGAUCAGGGCUGGAUGAGGAAUCUUAAGGUGUCCUAUCGACAGCAGCUUAUGAAGUUUAUUAUGGGGAGUGUUAAUGCUGGGGGUUCUUUGGAUGAGGCUAUGAAGAAUCUUACCAUCAAGGAGGUCAUCUUCUGGGCUUCUAACAGCUGGAGUCAACUGUCCAAUGAGACGAUUCUCAAGUCUUGGAAACCGCUCUGGCCCCAAAUUUCAGGCGCUAAUCCUCCCCAACAUCACGUAGACCUCGACGAGAAUGCACAGGAAGUCCAAGUGAAAGUAGAAGAAUGUGAGACAGCGGACAGCUCCACUGGGCUGUUCCACCAGAAUGAAAUAGCCCUGAUGCGUGAAUUCUGCGAGACACUGAACAGAACGAACGCGUACCGAAGCAUCAGCGUCGUCGACAUUGAGAAUUGGCUGCACCCAGCAACGAAGCUCACCGAGGACGAGUGCCUGGACGAGAACGAGAUCGUGCAAAUUAUCAUGGAGGAGAACGAGGCGAAUCAGCAGAUUGAGACUGCAGCAGUCGAUCCCCUCGGGGAGACAAAAACGACCCUCGCAGAGGCGCAAGCCAGUCUGAAGAAAGUCAUUGAAUACUGCUCGUCAAAUUCACAUUACUCGAGGGAGCAGCGAUUGUCACUGAUCGCCAUUCGUGACAUCAUGAAGACUGAGAAAAACAUCCUAGCUCCUGUGGCUUCUGCCCCAGUACCUGAACCUCUGCCAUUUGAUUUUGUUGCUAUCGCCGAUGACGAGGACUGUGAAUUCACAAUGUAUGAGAGGUAAUCAAGCGAUAUUUAUCAACGAUGAAGAAUGGCUUUGGUUCCUAUAAUUUUUGAGGGGCGAAAAUCGAGAAAUUAGAGACGAAGCGAAAAUAAUUGAGGAUUUUUAGGAAAAAAAUGAGAUGGGGAGGUGGAACCUGCCUCAUUCCACUGUAAAUAGUAUUAUUCAAUAGUUUGUAAGAUCAUGGACAAGUUUUAUUCAUUAAAUCGACGAUUUUGUACAGUUUGAUUAAAAAUGCUAGUGUUUUUUUUUUGAAAAGCCAAAAUAGACUGAGGCACAAGCCAGCGCACUGGCAGUGCUAUGACUGCUGUCAGUGCAUGAACCUCCACCGUUUUUUUUUUCGAUUUUGCUAUUGGCGAGGAUGAGGGCUGUGAAUUCAACGUGUAUAAAUGUAACCCUUGAAUAAUGGUUUCUGUUCUCAUAAUCGUUGAGGAGAGAGAAUUGAGAAAUUAAAAAUGAAGAGAAAGAAAUGUAAGAGCAUUAUGAAAAUGUUGAGAUGUGAAGGUGGAAAGUGUCUCAUUCUACAAUAAAAUAGUAUUAUCAAAUAGCUUGUAAGAUCAUAGACAAGUUUCAAUCAUUAAAUGAAAUGAUUUUCUACUGUUUGAUUGAAUUGAGGUGUUUUAUUUAUAAUCCGGUCUAAUUUCCCAAUUACAAUGUCAAUAAUGCGACGAAAAUCGCCUGAUGACGUAAUGGCGUUUGACGAAUAGGAAAUGUCCGUAAAAUACUAUUUUACGGAUAACGCGCUGAAAAAAGAAUUAGAGACGUUAGAAUUUUUUAACAUCUGUCAUCAAACUUCAUUCAUUUUUGAUGAUUGAGCCAUUACGUAAUGCACUCCAAAAGCAUUCCAAAACUAAAGCUCUUUUUCGUGAGUCUUUGGG